GCAGACAUGCGCAGUUCUGCACUGCCAGCAGCUUUGUUGGAUUGCUACCUGCUAGCUGUUCUGCUAACCAACAAGCAUUUCCUGCCUGAGGACUGGACACAGCAAUGGAUAUCGACGCAAUAUUGGAAGCGUUUCAAGAUUUUGAGAAAAGAGGGAAGAAGGAGACCUGUCCCGCUCUAGAACAAUUCCUGUGUCAUGUCGCCAAAACAGGACAACCAAUGAUCCCUUGGUCACAGUUCAAAACAUACUUUUUAUUUAAGCUGGAUAAAGUGAUGGAGGAUUUUCAUGCUUCAACGCCAGAGGAGAGAGACUCUCACAAUCCCAAUGUGGAAUAUAUUCCCUUUGAAGAAAUGAAGAAAAGGAUCUUAAAGAUUGUGGAUGGUUAUAAUGGGAUCCCAUUCACCAUCCAGCGGCUGUGUGAGCUGCUUACUGAUCCCAAGCGUAAUUACACGGGUACAGACAAGUUUCUCAGAGGUUUGGAAAAGAACGUAAUGGUGGUAAGCUAUCUGCAUCCCACAUCAGAGAAAAAUGGGACAUCGACUAUGAAUAGAAUGAAUGGAGUGAUGUUUCUUGGAAACUCGUCUCUAUAUUCAGAAAGCAGUCGAAAUGUGAAUGGGCCAAGUUUGUCAAAAACGCUCAACAGACCAAAGCUGUCGUCGUCUUCACUUUCCACCAACGGGCUCCCAGAGUGUCCAGCCAGUAAAGAGCCAGAUGGACUCACUGAAACAGAGGAGCAUCAUUCCAGUGAAACGCCACCUUCAGAAGACGAGGCGAAACCAAAACAUGGAGUAAAGCACAAACAUCGAGAAGAAGACGAAGAAUCUGAUUGUGACAAACAGGAGGCCAAGAAACGGAAGACUGGUGAAUAUGAUGACGAAACGGAAAGAGAAGAAAAUGAGUCAUCUUGUCAUAAAGAACCUGAGAGUUCAUCAGACACACCAGAGUCAGAGGAAGACACUUGUGGUGAAGAGUGCAGCAGUGAAACAUAUCAUGACACACCCUGUAAAUCAGACAGUCCUGGUAGGUGUGAGUUCAUCCUUACUUAGCCUAACUUGUACUUA